AUGUCUUCUUCACACGGAAACUGGACCGCCUACACGUACUACCCCUCUAUGGGCGCAGCAGUAGUAUUCAUCAUCCUAUUCGCUGUCGUGACACUUCUUCAUACAUUUCACCUUUUCCGCACGAGAACAUGGUUCUUCAUCCCUCUUGUCAUUGGCGGCUACUUUGAGCUCGUUGGAUACAUUGGCCGCGCAAUGUCUUCACAACAGUCACCCAACUGGACUCUCGGACCCUACGUCAUGCAAAGCACACUCCUCCUCAUCGCCCCAGCUCUCUUCGCAGCAAGCAUUUACAUGGAACUUGGUCGUAUCAUCCUGAUGAUCAAGGGCGAACAACUCGCACUUGUGCGCGUUAGCUGGAUGACCAAGAUCUUCGUCGCGGGUGAUGUUCUCAGCUUCCUGAUGCAGGCAUCUGGCGCUGGAAUCAUGGUUACCGGCUCCAGUUCGUCUUCGAGUACGGGCCAGAACGUGAUUAUCGGCGGUCUCAUUGUGCAGAUCGUGUUUUUCGGAUUCUUCCUUAUCAGUGCGGUGGUCUUCUCGCGUCGGGUCGCGGGGCAUUCUACUGCUGCUGCUGUUGCAAGCCAGUACCCGUGGCAGAAGCACAUGUGGGCUCUCCACUCAUCCAGUGUUCUUGUUUUGAUCCGGUCUGUUGUUCGUGUUGUUGAGUAUGUUCAGGGUGAAUCGGGGUACGUGAUGGAGCAUGAGGUGUUCAUUUAUGUGUUCGAUGGUCUCUUGAUGUUUGCGCUCAUGGUUAUCUUCCUUGUCAUCCACCCGAGUGAGGUGAACUAUCUUCUUGGUCGUGGACACAAGGUGACAGCCAUGGGAGGUUUGAAGGUGAAGGAAGGUUCGAUGGUCUGA